UUUGCCGGAUUUUAAAGAAUAAGCUUUUUUUUAUAGUUUUGAUUAACAAUUCCAUCGCUAAUUAGCAUGAAAAACAUCUAGGAAAAUAUGAAUGAUUUAGUUACCUUAAAGUUUCCUUCCAAGUCGUAAAUAAUCAUUGUUUGGCAUCGUAAUUAGGGAGACAAAAAUAUCGUGUAAUUACAGAGAAUCUGUAUCGGGAAUGUAAAUAUUCUAUUUUCUCAUGGAGCUUUAUGACUACAGUGGUCUAAAUGUGCGGAUUAAAAUAUAACAUCUCAAAGAUAUGGCAUAUAUGUGUAAAUUGAUUUGAUAAACUUUUAAAGCAUGCGCUGUGGAACAUACUGAUGCAGUUGAGAAAAAAGUUGUAUUUGAUUUACUAUUGAAAAUGUCGAUAAAAAAUAAUAAUUUUAUCAGACCCCCAGGGAGCAUUUUUAGAAAGUCAAAAUUUGGUGCUAAGAUCGAUGCUAUAGGAAAAACUUUUUCAUUGUAUAAAAAUGUACAUAUUAAACAGCUUAUUGAUGUGGAAGAAGAGUUCCUUCACGCUGCCGAAUUUGGAGAUAUCCCCACUGUUAGAAGACUCUUGAAUGAGAAUAGUGAGCUAAAUGUCGACUGCAUAGAUGCUCUUGGAAGGACUGCUUUGAGGUUGGCAGUGAAAAAUGAACAUCUCGAGGUUGUAGAAGUACUGUUGGAGAAAUCUAGCAGUCGGCAUAUUUACGAGGCAGUCCUGCAAGCCAUCAGCGCUGGACAUGUUCAAAUUGCAGAAAAUAUACUCAAACAUAAACGUUACCUUGAGAUCUGGAAAGAACGAAAGAAGUUCGGCGAUGACGACCACUUCUUCAAAACACAAUAUGAGGAAUCUCAGUUCUCCCCAGAUAUCACUCCGCUUAUAUUGGCGUCACAAAAGAAUCAGUACGAGAUUGUUCAGCUACUACUUCUACGAGGAGAUCGGAUUCAGAAACCGCAUAAAUUUGGCUGUUUGUGUCAAGAAUGCGUUAAUAAAAUGAAAUUUGACCAGUUAAGAUCGGCAAAGUACCGUCUGAAUGCAUACCGGGGUAUGUCAAGUGAAGCGUAUAUAUCCUUGUCUAGCAAAGACCCGGUACUGACGUCAUUCCAGCUGUCACAUGAACUGAAGAAUCUCUCCAGAAAUGAGAAAUACUUUAAGCAAGAGUAUAGAGAAUUGUCAAAUCAGUUGAGUGCAUACGUGGUCAAGUUACUAGAUCGUGUUAGAACGCAGGAUGAGCUCGAACUUGUUCUGAACAAAGCUGGUAAACCAAACGAAGAAAAGUACUGUUCCCUAGCCAGACUUCGUCUUGCCUUGCAGUACGGAGAAAAGAAGUUUGUGUCACAUCCUAGUUGUCAACAGAGACUGGACAAGAGCUGGUACGAAGGAAUUGGCCCUUUUCUAAAAGCUAAUAUCGUAAAAAGGGUUUUGAUUGUGUGUCUUUUCAUACUGGCAUACCCGUUCCUCAACAUUAUCUACAUUAUCACACCGAAAACUAAAAUAAAGGUUUUAAAAGUGCUACAGUUUCCAUGGAUAAAGUUCACAGUACACUCAGCGUCUUUCGUUGCCUUCCUUCUGAUGAUCGUGAUAUCAACAAGCGAAGACACCUAUAUUCUUAGAAAAAACAGCACGCUUAGUUCCGAUUAUCCAAGGCUGUUUGAAAAGUAUCAACAAUUAAAAAACUCAUCUCCGGAAAAAUACUCGUAUGGAAAUGACUUGCCUAUUAGACAGAUGGUACCCACCACGACUCAGUUAUUGAUUUCAAUCUGGGUUAUUGGUUUCUUGUACCACGAAUGUACACAGAUCUACCACGAAGGAGUGAAAUCUUACUGUUUGUCGUUAUAUAAUGUAGUAGACUUCCUGAUGUUAAUAACAUACACGUGUUCAUUUGGUUUGAAAUACCUCGUUAUGAUUAAGGUUCAUCUGUCUCUUGAAUAUCUACAGUCGACGGAUAUAAAUGAUAUAUUAAAGGACGAAGACCGCACGAACUAUAUGCUGUACUGGAUUGUUGCAGACCGUUUUUUCUGGAGCAAGUUUGAUCCUAUCAAUCUGUCAGAAGGUUUAUUUGCGAUAGCAAAUAUCAUCAGCUUUUCACGAAUAUCAUAUCUACUACCGGCUAACGAAGCCCUUGGUCCUCUUCAAAUAUCGCUCGGAAGAAUGCUUGUUGAUAUUAUGAAAUGCCUCUGUCUCCUGAGUAUAGUGGUAGUGGCAUUCCUGAUAGGGCUUCAAAACUUGUACUGGUACUACAACGUCCGCGAAAGCAUUGAAGUCGAGAAGCGAACAUUUGUUGUAAAGGCCCAGGAUGCAUUUGGAGAUACGGUAAAAACAUUCCGCACCAUAUUUUGGUCAGUGUUUGGCCGCGGAGAAUCGGACGUGGUGACUCUCGCAGAUUACAACAACAGCGUAACAGAAGACAUAGGGUACUGUCUGUAUGGUCUGUACAAUUUUCUGAUGGUUACCGUGCUCCUUAACAUGUUGAUAGCUAUGAUGGCAAGAUCAUUUCAGGCUAUCGCAGAAUCAUCGGAUGUAGAAUGGAAGUUUGCUCGCAGCCAACUAUACAUGGAGUACAUGACAGAGGAAGACGUAUUACCCGUGCCUUUGAACGUUAUGCGACUACCGCGAGCUGUAUUUGAGUGGGUAUUUGAUUGCUGGGAUAAGGAAGAAGAAAAUUUAUUAAAACCACCUGAUGAAAAUGGGACUGCUCUUGGAGACAUACCAGUAACAAGAAAUGGUGCUGAGCCAUUGCAAAGUGUUACAGAAAUCGCCAAUCAUCUUUUGAAUCGGAACGACUCGGCAAACAGUUCAGUAGACCUGUCAGCUGUCGACAUCUACGAAGCCAAUGCAACAGCAAAUGACCUAGGACUUGCGGAAAAACCUAAAGUACCCAGGAGGCGUCAUUUACAGAGAAACAGUAUUCCUGGGUUUUUAGACGGAAGCAAAAGUUAUCAGCGUGUCAUGCAGAGAAUCAUACAGCGAUAUAUCUUUGACAUUCAAAGAGAAGCAGAGGUUACAGAAGAUGACUUCGAAGAGAUCAAGCAGGAUCUGUCUAGCUUCCGUUAUGAAAUGCUUAACGUGAUGAGAAGCAGGGAAUUGCAGUUUGGAGAAUUACAUAAGCAACUUUCAAGAAUUUCAUCAAGUAUAAGUGGUGAUAACAAUGACAACAAUGCACAUGAAAAGAAGGUACUGAGUAAUGCCCGUGACAGACUUAUGUCACAGACAAAAUGGAGGUCGGAUUCAUUUCGUAGUUCUCAGGCGCCAUCAGAAGAAGCUCUUGAUGAAGACUCCAUUAUUGGCGAUAUAGAAGAUAAAGAAGAAGAUUAUAUUGAUAAAAGUGAGAACGAAAUUUACAAAGAAGAGCAUACUGAAAACAACGGCAUCGUUGGUAUAGAUAAUGUGGCAUUUGAGUAGCCUAAAAUUGGAACAUUUUGACUGUUUUGUUAUUAUUUUAGUUUGUUGUUACACAUAAAAUAUUUGUUUUGUUAUAUUUUAUAAGAACUUUUCUUGUUGUUAAAAUAAUGACAUAUCAUCUUCUAAUCAAAUGUACAUUCCUCAUAUGUGUUGAGAAUCAAAGUUUUCUAGUUUGUGUUUUUAUUUGUUGAAAUAUUCUAGAUACACACACGUACUCAUUAAUGUAGUAGAUCAUAAAAUGCAAUCAAGUAAAAGAAAUAGCAGAUCCAGUUUUUAGUCAUUAAUCAACUGAUUGGACCUCAUGAUCCAAAAGCACUACUGGUUCCAAAGUACUGCACCUUUCAUCUGGCAUUAACAGAUGUUCAAAUGCAUAAUGGUAACAUUUUAAUUACUUUGGUAACUGUUCAUAUAUUCUGUGAAAGAUUUACUUUAGGAAAAGAACAAUGUAUAUUCAUUUGUCUUUUAUAAAAUCUUGUAAUUACUUAGGUUUGUAUAUUGCAAACAAAAAAUGUGUAUAUUCUUUGAUUUUAACAUUAUUUUCAAUUUUUAAUUUAUAUUUAACAUUCAAUAAUCUUAAAGAAAAUAUCAGUUUUACAACAUCUUGAAUACCUAUUAUUAUAGAGUUUACUUAUUUUCAAUCCAUUGCAACUCAGAUAAACAAAAAGGGAGGUAACAAUGAUUCAACAAAAUUGAAGCUUUAUUAAAUUAAUGCUAAACAUAUAAAUCGAUGUAUUUCUUUGACAGAUAUUAUAAAAUUUCUCUUAUUAUCAUAUCGCUUCUUAUACACAUUAUGACUAUCAAAUUUAUUACAAUAAUAUUGUCUUGUUUUUUCCACGAGGUUAGAAAAAUGAAACUUCGAAAAUAUCUAACAGUAUGUACUUAAUGCAUAUUGAACAGAAAAAAGUCGAAUGAACAACAUGAAAAAUUCAUUACUUGACAAAAUUUCGAUUGGCUACCUUUAAAGUUCCAUAAUGCUUUCAAGUUUAUUUUAAAAACAGAUGAAACAGCUGUCCAAAUAGAUAUUGUGCAUAAUUACAUGGUUAAAGAAGCGGUACUUUUGAUACUGCACAAGAGCCAUAAAUGGGGUCAUUAAAAUAGAUUAAGAAAACCAUUCUACCUUGUUCAUCAGUAUUGAGACCUUUGACAAGUAGUUUAGAAAUUAAUAUAUUUAGUAUUCAUAAACCACUUUUUCAACAAGGGCAUUAUGAGUCUUUAAAAACUUUAGUUAUGAAGAAUAACCUUAAAUUUCAUUUAGUACCGUCAAGACAAAGAAGUACAUUUGUAGACCAGAUUUUGGAUGAAGAAAAUAGAAAUUGUUACUCAUAAAGUAAAUGACUUUGUUUUGUUAUCAAUAGAUAUGUAGAGUUUCAUGCAUUGUCAUUGUAUAGAAUUACUAACAUCAAUUCUAUCAUUGUAUGAUUUAGUUUUCAAAUUGCUUAGAAUUUGUAUUGUAUUUUCAGUUUUUUGUUAAAGAACACAUUACUUUGUAGUAAUAAUUUCAAUUUGUUUUGUAGUUUUACUUUGCUAAAUGGCUUUAGCUUUCUUUUUGAUAAGUGGUGAUUAGACAUUAGUGUGUUCUAAAUAAAGUAUAAAUAAAAUAUUGAAAUAUCAUAACAUGGUAAAUUUCGUAACCAUGACAGAAUUAUAGAUGGCAUGUGUUUUUAAAUGAAAGCAUGAUGAUUACAUUUUAUUCAAAAGUGCGUUAAAAAGAAAGAAAAACCAAAACCAAACCAUUUAGUUCCAAGGUUUGGCGUACACUUCUAAAUAUGAUAAAUUCUUUAAAUUGUGAUCGAAACCAAAAGCUAUAUAAUGUACUUUUUCAGGAAGUUAUGUAUUGCUUAUGACCGUUUUACAAUUUUCUUUUAUUUUUCAGUAUAUUAUAUUAACCAUUCAUAUCAUCUAGUCUUUCAGUCUUUGUGAUAUUUCUGGUCGUGUAUAUUAAUUUUGACAUCUGUGACCUGAAGAGACAAAUUGUAGCUAUAGUCAUAUUAUAUAAGUAUAUAUUUUUUACAAAAUUUGUCAAACGUUCGUCUCCGUCUAGUUUCAAUUUUGUCUGUGUGGAAGUGUAAGAGUCCUUUGGGAAAUUUUGUAUAAAGAAUGCAUGCGCGACGUCGGAUAGAGUAUGACUUUCAUUAAGGUCUGGCGUUUUUACAGGGAAAUGAAUUGUCACAGGGAAUUUACACCGAGAGUGUCGUUGGUGUGAGAUAUCAUUAGAGGAAUAUUGUUGAAGCACACUUGAUAAUCACAUUCUUACGAUAAAAAAACUACAUUCCUUCUAUAUUUCUUCUUUGUAAGAUUUUCAGUUGCUGAUAGCUGUUAUCUUAGACACUCAAAAUAUUUCGAUCCGAUUUUAUUUUUCCGUUUUACGAUGCAAAAUAACUAGUAUUCUUGAAACACUUUUAUCUGCUUUGUCAAAAUAAAUAAGUUUACUAUAUUUUUAUAAUUGAAAAUUUGAAAUGAAAAUACUUUUAUUCACUUUCGUUUUUAACUGUUUCGAGUAUGUAUAUUUCCCAAUGAAGCAGAGAAAGUAGAUCGAAGAUAUGAACACAAAUAUCAUAAUUGUAAUCGAUCCGUACCUUUUAGAAAUUUAACUCGGUACAGACAUUGCAAUAUUUGAAGUUACAAGCGUGACGAGUAAAACUUUGAUAUCUUAUCAUAUAUCUUAAAACACAUCAUGCAGCUAGAUAUAUCAUACCAACAUUAACUAAUGUGUAGUAGACAACAGUGAUAUAAAUCUGCCAACAAAUAUCUUUAGAUUUGCUUGAUAGGUACAAACAAGACAAAACUUCUUGUCAAAAUGACGUGUGUCACAUUUUCUCAUAAUUAAGCUAAUUUGACACUCGCUGCGUAGGUUGGAAUAUUACCAUGUUAUUAUAAUACAUUAUUAUGUUAUUAAAUAUGAUGUUCAACUUUAAGUUUUAGAUUUUCAAUUAUUUUCUCGACAAGCAAAGUUAAAUAGUUACAUUUUGAUGGUCAAAGAUUAGAUUAUAUGUGACACAGACUUUCAGAUGCUGCUAAACUUGUAGAUGAACAAGGAUUUCCUUCGUGAAAAAGUGUUUUGGAAAUAUUUUGAUAAUACUCGACUGUCGUAUGUGUUGCGUGGAAAAGUGCCGCAUAGCGUUUUGUUUUUGAAAUAUGGUUGUAUAUAUUUGAAUAUCUAUUUACAUAUUUAUUGCUUUUCUCAUUUAAAACCCCUCUUUCUGUGUUAUCCAGUUACCAUAUACAAUUGAAACUCGAUAUCUCGAAAUCGCUCAUCUCAAAAUUCCGGCUAUCCCGAACAUAUUAUCAAAUUUCGUUAAGAAAACACACGUACAAAAUGUUAUUUUAAGCUGAUUUUAGGUAAAAUGUUCGUCCCUUGGAAUUCGAGUUACCGGGUUUCAGCUGUAUUUGAUGACACUAUGUUCAUUGGUGCAUUAUUUUCUAUUAUUCAGAGCGGGUAGUGAAUCAUGUCAUACAUGGGUCUCUCAUGUAUGUCCAAUGUUCCAAAGUGCCUUUGGGUGAAUUUGAAGUUUAUCUUGCAUACAUAAGUACUUAGUCUAUCUACAUUGUAAUAGUAUGAUAACUGGUACAUGUGAAUUGGAAAUACAUAUCAUAAACAUACAUAUAUGUGACUUGGAAAUAAAAAAUGUUUUAAAAUGUUUAGUUUAUUUUACCAGCUAUAUCGUUUUCCAGAAAAAUUUCUAGCUUGAUCGAUCCUUUAAUUUUUAUCUCUGAAGACAGUUAAUGUUUAGGUUCUUCUGUAGCUUUACGUUAUUAUGUCGCAAUAAACUUUUGUUCAUUUAAAGAAAAAUCAGGAUUGGGGAAGAGAAAUAAAAGAGACUGUCUGGCAUUUAAAUUGUAAAAUGUGCUAUUGUCUAAGAAUUAUAAAGUCUAGUUCUUUUUCAUAUUUUCAUUCCGCUCAAAAUCAUAAAACGCAUUAAGGUAAGAAGCAUUUUAUUUUUGGAGAUUAUACUGGUAUUAUGUCUGUUUCUUUACAAUUACAAAAAUACUAAUCGUCAUAAAGUGGUACAAUUUUAUUUUUCAGGAAGUAUGUUUACAUAUAUUUAUAUUGUCAUUCUUUAUAAUUAAUGUGAACAGUAUUGUGUAGUAGUGUUUUAUUGAUUCUGUUACAGUGCCCCUGAGUUAUUCCAUUUUAUUGUAACGUUGCUCCAUUCAAGGAAUGGUUGAGUUUUUCCAUUUUCCUAUUUUCAUUACUUUCUGAUAAAAGUUUUAAUGCUGUUUAAAAUUGCUAUUCAAUGUUUUUGGUGAUGCAUAUACUGUUGAUGUUUGAAUAGUAAGACCAUGUUACAAUGAUAUUUCUUGUACCUGCCGAACUGCCAUUGAAAUAUGGCUACUGUAACGUACGGGGUCAAGGUGAUGGCAUUCUAGGAUUUGUAUUAUUACAUAGCUUCUUUAAAGAGCCACAUAUCAAAUUUAUAGAUAAAUGGUUGUAUAACGCUGCACUGGUUACUUUUCGUGGAAUGCAUUUCAACCACAAUUGAAAUAGAUUAUUCAGCAUAUCAUAUUUAAAGUACAUAUCAUAACGUGAAUCAAAUGAGCGUAUUGAGCAAAACCCCACAUGAGAUUAAAAGAAAUCGAAAAGAUUCCUCCCAAAUAUGGUUCUUAUUAUUGAAUUAAAAUGUCUUAACAUGUAGAUCUAUGUGAUGAAGGGUAAAAUUUCUUUGGAAAGCAAAAACGGAAACAUUUCUAUGGAAAAACUUGGAAACCUACCUUACAAGGAGGAUUUCGUUUCGACAAUUGUUCUGUUAUCUUCUAACUUUUGUUCAUUUCGACAAUUGUUCUGUUAUUUCUUAAUACAAAACUAACCUUUUUGUCAUUUCCACAAUUGUUCUGUUAUUUGCUUAGGCACAAACUAUCUUUUUAGUUCAUUUCAACAAUUGCCCUGUUAUUUCCUAAUACACAGCCAUGUUCAUUUCGACAAUUGCUGUGUUAUUUCCUAAUACACAACUUAUUUUUUGUUAAUUUGAAUGAUAAUGAAUCAGGAUAAUUGUGCAACAAUUCCACUCCUUUCAAAUUAUAACUGUUUGGUAAUGCUGACCAUUUACCCCGCAAAUCAAAUUUAUAUCACAUAGUUAAGAGCUUUGUUUAUUUUUUAAAACAGUUGAUGCUAAUAUUCGAAUUACAAUUUUAGAAACAUUCGAGUAAUUCAAAUAUGUUCUUUCAAUCGUAUGUAUUCAACUAUAAUUGUUGAAAGUGCAGUUUUUGUUUCAGCUGUUGUUUCAAUUUCAAAAUAUUGCUUAAAACUGUGGCAGUAGAUUUCAAAGCGAAUACUAAACUGUUUUUAUAAUGCUUUUUAUUAAAAGAAUAGAAAAGGUCACAUGACUUCCAUUUCAAAUGUUAAAAUCUGAUGUUUUAUCAUUAAACUAUU